CUGAAGCACUGCGGGGUGAACGAAAAUGACUAUCUGGUCGUCUUCGUGUCGAGCCAGAGAGAUGCUUUGGCGAUGGUCGGCGAGAGCUACCCAUUUUUCAGAGGGAAUUAUUACAUGACAAUCAUUGAAGAAAAACACGACAGAAUCCGCGAAUUUGCGGGUAAAAAACAGGCAAAAGUGGUUCCAAUGUCGGAGAGUUGGUUAGAUUUGAGAAUCAAAGGUUCUCAGCUGAGCCAGUACUUCCGGCGGAAGUGUAAGCAUACUCCGAAGGGGCUUUUUGCGUACCCGGCGGCGGUGGAUGGGAUUAGGUACUCGAUGCAUUGGAUCUCAGAAGCUCAUCGGAACUCGUGGCAUGUUUUCAGAGGGUGGCAUUGGCAAUGCAUCGACCGGAUUUUUUAG